CAUUGUGACUGGUUGGUAUACCUCUUAGAUCUUUUUUUUUUUGGCAGUACUAGGGUUUUGAACUUAGGGGUCCAUGCUUGCUAGGCAAGCCCUCUACCACUUGAGCUACACCCCUAACCCAAGUUCCUUUAUAUAAUUUAUAUGUGAUGCACAGUAUCUAUAAGUGAAAAUACACUUGGUAGAUGCUCUGUAACGAUUUGCUUUUAUCCAAUUUUACACAUAAGGAAGUUGAGGCUCUGAGGGGAAGAAUAGCUUAACCCAGGCUAUCCAGUCAGCAAGUGGCCUUUGUGAGGAGGAAUAGUGAGUGAGGUGAGACACUGCCUGGCGUAGACCCAAUGUGGAGUAUUCACUCAGUACUGAGGUUGGAGCUGUUCCCACAAUCAAAAGGCUGCCUUGUUCUGCCCCUCCGCACAGGAAAUUCCAAGGUGGUUUUCCAUGCUGGCUCCUCUGGUUCUGUCCCUGGACGGGAGAGAGCAGGGGUCUGGGUACCUAAACCCACUCCAGAUGAUAGAACCAAAUAUCUCAACCUGCCUGUCCUGGCCUCUGAUUGUUGAGGGGGUGGCUGUACUUGGGGAGUAACUUGGGAUGCCUUGGGCCUAUCUGAGCAUUUCUUUGGACCCCCGCCCACCCUCACCCUGUUGCUGAAAUGGUUCUGGCCGGAUAACAUUGGUAGAUGGUGUGGGUGAAAUUGGUUUGGGGCGGGGACAAGAGUGAGAACACAGGUUUCCUUGUGCUUUAAGAGAGAGGGAGGGUAGGAGGAAAUUGGAGACCCCGUUCUCCACUUGGUCACUCGCUAUAGUCCAUGAUGGCAGGGUCCCCAGUGCUCUUCGCUGUCAUCAUCUUGCUGUCUGCUUUUGCAGGGCCUAAUGGGGCAGGCCGCCCCAUGCCCAAGCUGGCUGACCGGAAGCUGUGUGCGGAUGAGGAAUGCAGCUAUCCCAUUUCCAUGGCUGUGGCCCUUCAGGACUACGUGGCUCCUGACUGCCGUUUCCUGACUAUCUAUAGGGGCCAAGUGGUGUAUGUCUUUUCGAAGCUGAAGGGCCGUGGGAGGCUCUUCUGGGGAGGCAGUGUUCAGGGAGAUUACUAUGGAGACCUGGCUGCACGCUUUGGCUAUUUCCCUAGUAGCAUUGUUCUUGAGAACCAGACUCUGAAACCUGGCAAAAUUGAUGUGAAGACAGAUAAAUGGGAUUUCUACUGCCAGUGAGCUCAGCCUGCCGCGGUCCCUGCUGUUUUCCCUUCUACCUUUAUGCAAAUACAUCGGCCAAAUGC